GACACAGAGACGGGAAGUGUAAACAUAACGGCGUGGAAGGAAAGAAGAGUUGCAUCUUAUUGAGUCUAAUACGAUAAAGGUCUCGACACGCUAGGACAGGCCACAGCUGGAAUGGGCGUCGACGGCGGAGGUCGCGGGCUGCCCCCGCUGGCCGGCAGGUCUGCAGCCACCGCCGCACCCGUCGACGGCCCCUGGUGAGGACCUCCCAGCUCGCCCGCACGCAGUGAAGCUCGGCGCAGAGGCGCAGGACUCGUAGCAACUUCUCUCGCCGCAGUACCGGGACCCUCCCGAGCCAAGCCGCCAAGCUGGAUGCCAUGAGCUCGUACCAGUUCGUCAACUCGCUGGCGUCGUGCUACGCGAACCAGCCGCCCCAGGGCCCGCAGCAGCGCGCGGGGCCGUCCCCGGUGGGGCAGGGGGCGGCCGACUACUACAACCCCAACACCGCCGCCGGCUACCCGCCGUCCUGCUACUCGCCCCAGCAGGUCCACUACCAGCAGCACGCGUACCAGCAGACCCAGCACCUGCAGAACGGUGCCAUGAUGGACUACACGCAGCUGCACCCUUCCACGCACCACCAGAGGCACCACCUGCAGCACCCGAGCCCCGGGCCCGUCACGCCGCCGCUGGGGGCGGCGCCCCAGAUGCUGGCCGCCGCCGCCGGGGGCAGCAGCUGCAAGUACGCCGCCGCCGAGCCGGCGCCCUCCUCGGUCAGCUCGCCGCAGGACCUGAGCACUUCGUCGGCGGCGGCGGCGCCGCCCCCGCGCGCCAGUCCGGGGCCGUCGCAGCAGCAGCCGCCGCCGGCCAAAGGCGCCGCCCCCGCCGCCGCCACGGCGUCGCCCGCCGCCGCCGUGUCGCAGAGUUCCUCGUCGCCGGCGUCGUCCACCUCGUCGGCGUCCAGCACCGCCGGCUCCAACACCGGCGCCGCCGCCGGGGGCGGCAGUGGCAACCCGCCGCAGAUCUACCCCUGGAUGAAGCGCGUGCACCUCGGACAGAGCACGGUGAACGCCAACGGCGAGACCAAGCGCCAGCGCACGUCGUACACGCGCUACCAGACGCUGGAGCUGGAGAAGGAGUUCCACUUCAACAGGUACCUGACGAGGCGGCGGCGCAUCGAGAUCGCGCACGCGCUCUGCCUCACCGAGCGCCAGAUCAAGAUCUGGUUCCAGAACCGCCGCAUGAAGUGGAAGAAGGAGCACAAGAUGGCCAAUUUCCACCUGGCUUCUCUUCAGGACGAGGGCUAUGCGUUCCACCAGGCCAUGGGCAUGGGCAUGGGGCCCAUGCAGCGAGGGCUCUACGCGUGCGGCAGUCCGUACAGCUAGUAUGAGUGGCCACCCCACCAGCAGUAGGCACUCGGGGCGAGCGGCAACACAGCUUGGUGACGUGGCAACACUGCGAGGAGGCGACGCGGCAACAGCGCGACGGCGACUGCCCGCGGCCGAGGCGGGACGCGCAUUUUGGCAACACUGCGGAGCACACGUUGGCGGGAAUCCCCGCAUUUCUCUUGUCACCCGCGCUGUUGCCAAAUAUCUGCGAGAAUGGUCGAAUGAACUACACGAUGUGCGAAUGAAAAAAAAAAAAAAAAGAGUCCUCAGAAAGUAUUCUAGAAAGGGACAAAAUAUUGAGUGAAAGGUAUUGCAGGCAUUUGCAUCCUUAAGUUUCUAUAAUGUCUUGGCUUCUAAAGUUUACCCACGUUAAAACGGUAUCGUGUAUCGAUAUAUUUUCUUCGUUUUCCAGUAAACAUUUCCUCUUUUCAGUGACAAAAAUCUCACAAGUUUUGAUUCAUCCUGGAAUUCGCAACUAAACAUUAGCAUUUGCCAAUUUGACGUGGAUGUAUUUUGAAUGAUAGGAUAGCCUAGAACAACAUAGUUCGAAAUUAUAUAAACGUUUGUGUUCUCGUGCACUCAUAAUAAAAAGCUUGAACUUAGAAAUGUUUCUGAUACUCUGCCGUGGCAUGUCGUCGUUUAAGUCUUUCGUAAACGUUAUUUGGAAUCGCAUUCGUACUGUGUACUCUGCAGCAAAGCGGCGGUGAGCUAGUGAUAUUUGCCCUACGACCCAAAGGUGCUUACGUAUUGAACAUUCUGCAGCAGAAUGACAGUACAGCGGUGAGGUGUGCCAACGAUAAAAUAUUCAAAAGACUAUUUACUUUACUAUGACAUAACCUUCAGAAAAUGAACUUACAACAUACUCUGUGUUUCUUGCAACAAUAGAACUUAAACUAAGAAACCCACAGUAUGAACUCCAUUCGACGCAAAAAAUACAAAGAAAAAAUGGAUUUUUCUUUACGAAUCAAUAUAUUUUUAACUAAGUUUUUUUCUGUUAUUGUUUAGCUGAUAAGCAUAAUAACAUAACAUUAUUUUGUUCGCACGUACAUUGAUUUUUUGUUUAAAAUUUUAUGUUCGAUAAAAAGAGAUGGUUAAUUUUUGGAUUUAUUAUUUAUUGCUCUUCCAUAAAAAAAAUUAGUUUGUUAAGGACGAAGUUGGUUUUACAUAUUUUCACCAUGUAACUAACAAUGUUUAAAAAAAAUUGUUGUGUAAUAAAUUUUUACUCAGCGUUCUCUCACACUUAUUCAGCAUGAACGUACAUGUUAUCUCAGCAAUAUUUGCCAAUUUCGUCUUAUAACUGCGACUUGGCAUUAUAAAAUACAAAUAUUCGGCGCAUACUUAUAACAUUGCAUCAGAUCUCAAAUCAAGACCGUAUUCCUACUCAUAGAUGAACAUUAACUAGAAAUUAUAUAUUAAUUUCUAGAAAUGAAGAUAGCAAUAUUUAAAUCGAUAAUAUAUUGCUUUUAAGGGAAACAUACUCAAUAAUUAACUAUAACUUAUUUUAAUUCAAUUUUUUUUUCUUUCGGUGGAACUUCAGUUUUGGACUUUAUAUUUGAAUAAUACGUUUUUAAGGGGGGAAAACAAAUAAUUAAAGUAUUUAUUUUAUAAAUUUCAUUAACGUUUAAGGUUUAAACUUUGCACAUUAUGUUUUUAUGUUCUGGCCUGUUAAAUUUUCCCAAAAUAUUAUUUUUAAAGUAAUGUUUAAAUCGUUCUUCAAUCUGAACGAUUUUUAAGUAUGAUACAAUGUAAGAAGUUUAUCUAGUCCUUUAAAUAAUACUUUAGUAAAAACAAUGAACAAGUUCUUUGCUUGAAUAUGAUCGGCUAAAGAAAAAUUGUAAAUAUAAACAAGUAUACAAUUAUUAACAAUGUUGAACAGUGGAACCUAUAGGCCACUGAAUGGACUUAAUGUGAUGAAUGUAAAAAUAGUAUUGACUGUACGGUUGAUUACUUUUUUGAAUCUAGUGAUGAUAACUUGUAUAUAGCUAUUACAUGAUGAGUGUACAAAUUAUCAGUUGUAUGUUCUGUAUUGUAUUUUUGUGAAUGUGAAAAAAGAUGUUAUCUCCUAUUUUGUUGACUCUAUUAUUUGGUUUAUAAAUGUUUAUCAGUCUCAGUAAACUAUAGACCAAUGUUCUGAUCGCUCAUAUAUUCCUUUCCUGUAGUAAAAUUAGAUAAUAAAUGACGUUUCGUCUUUCAAA